AGACAGCACGAAAGCUGUCUGCUACGUGAGUCGAUGCGAAAACAUGGCAGUCUCCUUCAGUAAUUUUUGCUGCCUUCGACGGCUUUUAAUGAAUUCGACUUCAUGUAGUCGAGCACAUCUGUCCGGUUUCAAAAGUAAUCUAUCUCUCGACAAAUUAUACCCGUCUAGUCGUCUGGACAUAACCACAAUUCCCAAGGCACCAGAAAGCAAAGAUGGAAAAUUUAGUGGUUACAUACCUAUGGACAAAAUUCAGGUAAACUAUGUCCGUAGUGGUGGACCUGGUGGACAAAAUGUCAAUUGUGUCUCAACCAAAACUGAGAUACGUUUUCAUCUAGCCAGUGCUGAUUGGAUUCCAGAACCUAUUCGUGUCAAGCUUGCAGAAAGAGUGAAGAAUCAAAUUUCCAAAGAAGGUUAUUUCAUUGUAAAAUCUGAAAGAACCAGAUCUCAGCAGUUGAAUUUGGCUGACACCCUUGACAAGCUCAGAAAUUUGAUCCACUCUGUAGCACAAAGCCUUGUGGUGCCUGAAAUCUCCCAGGAAACACUGGAAAGGCAACGCAGGCUGCGCGAAAGGGCAGCACGGGAGCGUCUAAGGGAGAAGCGGGUACAUUCGAUGACCAAGCAAGGACGCCAAGCACCUACUCUCGAUUCGUAAACAAUUUUGGUCAUACCACUCUUCGACAACAGUAAAUACACAAACAGGAAAAGAAAA